UGCCCGACGGCCGCCUCCACCACUGCAGCAGCAGCCCCCGAUGUCUCUGCAGUAACCGCGCGCAGAGCAGCACCCGCGCGCGCGGCGGCCGCGGCAUCAGCACUGCAGAGCCCAGCCCGGAGCCCGCCAGCCGGCAGGAUGGCUGUAGCUCCUCCGAGUUACUGUUUCGUGGCCUUCCCACCACAGGCUAAGGAAGGUCUGGUGGUAUUUGGAAAAAAUUCAGCUCGGCCCAGGGAUGAAGUGCAGGAGGUUGUGUAUUUCUCGGCUGCUGAUCAUGAACCUGAGAGCAAGGUUGAGUGCACUUACAUUUCCAUCGACCAAGUUCCUAGGACUCAUGCCAUUGUGAUAAGCAGACCUGCCUGGCUUUGGGGGGCAGAAAUGGGAGCCAAUGAACAUGGAGUGUGCAUAGCCAAUGAAGCCAUCAAUGCCAAAGAACCAGCCACUGAGACAGAAGCCUUACUGGGGAUGGAUCUGGUCAGGCUUGGUUUAGAAAGAGGGACGACAGCUAAAGAAGCCUUAGAUGUCAUUGUCGCCUUGUUGGAAGAACAUGGACAAGGUGGGAAUUACUAUGAAGACGCAAACUCCUGCCACAGCUUCCAAAGUGCAUAUCUGAUUGUGGAUCGGGAGGAAGCCUGGGUACUUGAGACCAUAGGGAAGUACUGGGCCGCUGAGCAAAUCACAGAGGGAGUGAGGUGCAUCUGCAAUCAGCUUUCACUCACCACUAAGAUCAAUGCUGAGCAUCCUGAACUCAGAAGUUAUGCUCAGAGUCAAGGUUGGUGGACUGGGGAGGACGAGUUCAAUUUUUCUGAAGUUUUUUCUCCAGCUGAUGACCAUGGAGACUGCUGUGCAGGCAAAGAGAGCUUAGAAAAGCAAGAAGAAAGCAUCACUGUACAGACUAUGAUCAACAUCUUACGGGACAAAGCCAGUGGAAUCUGUGUAGAUUCUGAGUCAUUCCUCACCACAGCCAGUGGAGUGUCUGUCCUGCCUCAAAAUAGAAGCUUGCCGUGCAUUCACUAUUUCACAGGAACACCAGAUCCUUCCAGGUCCAUAUUCAAGCCUUUCAUCUUUGUUGAUGAUGUCAAACUUGUCCCCAAAGUACAGUCUCCCUGUUUUGGGGAUGAUGACCCUGCCAAAAAGGAGCCCCGGUUCCAGGAGAAGCCAGACCGCCGGCAUGAGCUGUACAAAGCCCAUGAGUGGGCCCGCGCUGUUCUGGAGGGUGAACAGGAGCAAGGUCACAAGCUGAGGAAGACCAUGCUGGAACUAGAGAAGCAAGGCUUGGAAGCCAUGGAAGAAAUCCUCACCAGCUCUGACCCCCUGGACCCCACUGAAGUGGGGGAUCUUUUCUAUGACUGUGUUGACACGGAGAUUAAGUUCUUUAAGUGAAGUAAGCAUUCCUUUCCCCCUUCUUAUUUAACUUUCCCACCUUACUAGGUUACCAGCAAGACAAACCACUCUCCUGUUUGAGUAAAAUGAGAAAGUUCAGAUGUGGUCUCUUUUUCUGAAGCCAAAUUGAACUGUUCACUUGUGUUCUGCCUUGAAUCUCAAAAUGCCCCCUUCUGCACUGUAGAGCCCCUUCCUUUGCAAUGUAACAUGUAUCCCAUUUGCCUGUUGUUUGAACGUCUGACUAAUUGUGGAUUUUAAGCUGCUAUUAUUGUGUUUCAGUGACAAUGGGCACAUUAGCCUUUCCACAGGAUGAGAGUUCACCAAGCUUUGAAAGACAUACUCCACAGCACUCAGUUUUGGGGCAAAGCAGUCUUUUGAAAUCUUACUGUUUUUCUCAGUAACAGUUUCUUUCAGGUUAACAGACACCAUUUCUUUGUCUGCCCAGGCCUCUUGGGUGUGUACUCAAGGGAGAAGCUUUAGGGUGUUUAGUCCAGGGAGAAGCUCCCUGGCCUCCCUUGCCUUGUGAGCAUGCCUGCGGUGAACAAUGUUUCUGGGCAAGUCUUCUGAGGGGCAAAACCAGUGAGAAAGGAUAAAGGCGACGCCCCUUGGGUUCCAGCUCCACCCCCAUCUUCUGAUCCUGAAGAUCUCUCGUGCACUGUGCCUGUGUGAGGUGGCGAGGUGCGCCCACAGACUGCUUACUGGGGCAGGAGAGCUGGUCUCCAUGUGAACAGGGACCUGCCCACUCUGGAGGUGCAGAGGCAGCCAUACCAGGGACUUCCUGAAUCUCCCUAAGGACACGGCUGCUUACCCUGCACAGCAGCACACCCAUCCCCUGGAGGAGGCCCCAUGGAGAAAAGAUCCUAGGCCUGGUUACUGCCAUCUAGUUUAGGAUUAAUUAAAAGGCUCUAUGGCAUAGUUCCACGCCAUAAAGCUGCGGCUCUCUCAGCUAAUGAGGGAAAGAAAAGGAAAAGCUCUUGACUAUUUAGAUUCCAGUUAAAGUAGCUGGAGUCCGGGCAGCCACUGCGUUAUCUCAGCAGAGAGGCUUCCAUUACACUGAUUUGUUUCUAGUGUUGUGUACACAUGAAGGAUUUGACUUACCAGCAGAGCAUAGAAAAGCAUCAAAGACCAGAUGGGCUCAGCACCGGGAAGAUAGAGGCCAAGGAGGUGACAGAUGGCUGUAGAGGCAUUUCGCUCCAGGGUAAUAAUCCAGCCCCCAGCUUUCCUGCCCAGCCCGUUACUUCCCACAAAGCUAUGCAGGAAGCAUCUGACUUCCCUGGUCUGUCCCCUUAUUCCUCACGUCCCAGGUUUUCCAGUGGCUACCUUCAAACUGGCUGGAGUGAGCGAGUAGAGGGUGGCUUACCUCCAGCUACUGAAUCCCUCAAACACUCUUGAAAUGGACCGGAGGCAGAGCUGAUAAUAAAAGAGUAUGUUAGUAUGGCAGCUAGUGAGAGAGCAGCCACUGAAUCACUCCAGCCUCCCUGGUGCCAUUGGGGCCUAAGCAUGCUUCAUCAUUGAUAGGAAUUUUCAAAUGGAAAUACUGUGCAUGUCAGUAGUCUUGGAAGGGAUUUAGCAGUACUGUGUCACAGCCCCUGAGAGCUGGAAGGGACUGGGCCCCAUUCCCAGAUGUGGACACUGAAGCUCUUUCUUUUUUCCCUCUGCCAACUUUCCUUUGAAAGUAUAGCUAAUGAGAACACCAUGAGUGUUUUGCCUGGCAGUCUUGUAAUUUUGUAUGUAAUACCACUAGCUACAAAUGGUGAGAGAUGAGAUUAUCAGAGCUGAUAAAGUAACAGCAGCCAGGUAUGGUGGCUUGUAGUUGCUGAGUUUUCUUCAGGUUUGGCCUGGGCUUUCCUUGUUGAUGAACUUAGGAUCUCCUCAUAGGUGGGACAGUCCUGAGAGUUUCUGUCUAUAGCUGCUAAUUGGGGAACUUGGAGGAUGAUGUAGUAACCUCAUCCCCUCUUAUAAAUAACCUACUGGUGGUUAUUUAAAAUAAGAUGGUGCAGAAAGUCACUCUAAACUUUUGCCAUAUGGCUUCAUCUUUUUCUAUUAUGGAAACAUUUCAUCAGAUCUUACAUGCCUGAGAUACCCCACGUGAUUAUGGGUUUGGUCAAAAGUGUUUAGUGAGAAUAAAUUACACAGAAACCUGCUUUCAUUAUUAUGGGCCAAACAAAGGUCAUACAGACCCAGCCAGUUUUAUGCCAUUGCCCAGCCAUUGUGCACUGGGAAACACAAUGGCUACUUCUGUUAGGGGUCAUUGACCUUGGUCCAGCACCCGAGAGAAGAGCCAACCCUCUCUGAGUUGACUUGACAAUUGUGAUGCCCCAUCUCACCACUAGAGGGCAUAGCAGCCCUCCCUGGCAGAAGCUGACUGGCGCUGGAAGCUUCCACUAGGUGUGGAGGUGGUCUAGGAGCAGUGAACCUAGGUGGCCGCAGUUGCUGGAUUCUUGGUGUAAUGGGACAUGUGGGGAAAGACGACAACUAGAGCGAGCAAGUAAUCUGCUAGUGUGGCUGCACUCAUUUAUAGUGACUUUAAUCUACUUAACAGCUUGACAUUCGUUGUUGGAUUUCGAAGAGGUUGUUUGGGGAUGUUUGUUUUUAAACACUCUAGCAGAUUUUGCUUUGAAAAAUGCUUAUUAUGACAUGGAUAAUUUCUUGACCGGGGUUGCUUUUCUAGAGGCAAUAGGAGGGAAAUGAAUAUUCAAGAUGAACUAGGAAAAUAAUGUUUAAAGGUCACAGUGUGUAAGUAGCUUCUUAAAAUACCAUUUGUGUAUCCAUUAGGACUUGGGGGUGGGGGGCGUGUGCAUGCUUUGUGCAGAAAGAAGACAUAGCCAUAAAAGACAGACUCUCUUUCCCGUUCCCGUGACCCAUAACUAAGCAUACCCUAGUUAGUCUUGUCUUGUAGAUUGAAGUUACCAUAGAUCAAGACAGCCCCAAACUCCAAGGAGUGGGGGAGACGGGAGGAGGGCAGAGAUUGAAGGAAAAGUAAAUUAGUAAAGCAGAAGGUAGUACUUGUUCAUUCUUGGAGAUGGUUUGGAACUUUAGGUAGAAUAAGGAUAGAUUUGAUCCUAGGGCAAUUCUUUAGUGACCAAUAACAUAAGGCACGUGUAUUAGCGUCUUACAAGCUAACAGAGCAGGUGUGUGCGUACUAGGUAUUAGCAGGGGAUUCCUUCCCUACUGGAGGAACCUUAGGUAUAAAAGAUAAUAAACAACCAGGCAAACUACUUUGCUCCCUAACUGAUGUGAUCCCACAUCCAGUGUGUGUGAUGCAGCCCUUCCCUUGGGGAAGCCAGGUGGGACCAGCACCACCUGCACUGUUGUGUGAAGGGCCCACUGCCAUUUCUGGGGAAGCUCGUUAGCUGAGCUCUCAGCUUUAGGAGGGAAGCACAUGAGGAAGGCGAGAGAGAGCUCACUGGCUGACCAUUCUUGUGGAGGGGACAGGGGCACGUCUCUCUCUCACACACACACCACAAGCACACACGCACACACACUUGCUCGCCCUGCACCACCUGUGCUUCCCUGUGGCCGGGGUGUUUUGUUCCACACCAUCUGAAAUUCCCUCCCAUGGUUUGUGUCAAAAUGUGUUUGAUCUGACUGAUUUCAAACACCCCUGAAUGUCACGUGCAGAUUUCUUAUGGGAACAAAUAAGUACAAGUUUGCAGUCACAUUGUGACAAGUUAAAUGUGUGAGCUGGAAGAUGCUCUUAGCAGGGAAUAAAGAGUCUUUCUGUUUCCUGCCAUGGAAACUGACCAUGUAGUCUUAACAGUCUUUUGUACAAAAUCUACCAACGAGAUAACUUCCCCAUCUAGUGCUUGCCCUUGAAAUUGUCUCUACACACUGAGUAUACAAUAAAAAAUGCUAAAAUUC